AUGGUAAGCACGGGCGACGAAGGCGUAAGGCAUGGGCGACGGAGGCGUAAGGCACAGGCGACGAAGGUGAAAGGCACAGGCGACGAAGGUGAAAGGCACUCGCGAUUGGUGAGACCGGACUGGGCAUCUCAAUACCAAUCGACCUUCCGUGAUCCACAAAGCGACCAAGACAAGACCCUAGCUUUGUGCCGCAAACAAAACAAGUACGAAUCAGCCUCUCCUGUUACCUUGGUGCUACGGGCCAUUGACGCACUGGACCUCUCCUGGGAUGAUAUCCACACUCUCACCCCAGCAACAGCACUACAGAUACCAUUAUCAGUGAUAAUUCGACCGUCACCAACCAACCUACCACCGAAAAGGCCGGGAUUCAAGAAGUGUGCUGUAAACGAUUUCUUUAUAUUUGAUGAUACCCUAGGCCAUCUACGUCUUAGGGAUCGCCACAAAGGCGAGUUUAUUAAACACCCCACACUCUUAAAUCAGCUUCGAAACGACAUUACUCAAUUCAGAUUCUUUCUGCGCCCUUUCUUUGCUCGCCUAUGUCUUCCCAGGGACCAUCCAGCUGGAGGCCACGACAUUACCUUCCAGCCACUAGCCCUCGCCAUCAAGCACCAUCAGGGCAUCAAGACUUGGCAAACCAAAAAAUACCGAAAAUACUUGGCACCCACAACCACAGGCACUACCAUCCACGCGAAAAACUGGAUACGGUUUUGGGCCACACCAAUGGACCGCCGCUGCCCGCAACAUUCUUUACCGCAUAUACCAUUCUACGAUCCCAACAGCAGAAAGACUCUUCAACAUUAACCAAUCUUUUAUGCCUUCGGCCUUAUGCCGGAUCUGCCAAUCUCACACUGACACUUUACCUCACUUUCUAAUACUCUGCCCCAAAAAAUAUGAAGUCUGGCAACAUGUAUGGAAUCAUCUAUGCCACCAGGACCCCCGGCCCUCCGCGUUCCUUCAUUUUAUCACUACUGGCGAUCCCCCAUACUCUUCCUUCACACACAAACAGCUUCUUUCUAUUAUUGCUUAUACCUUAUUAGCCUUAUGGAGAGGUCAUUGGGACCUCAUUUUCAAUAACUCCCCUUUUCUUUCGGCUAAAAUUGCGUCGAUCGCAAUCAAUGCCAUUCAGAAAUAUGUCUGUUAAUCCAUACACAUGUAAUUAUUUCUUCUUUUUACAACUCCGAGGCCGCUGUUCUUCCCUCUACUUUUGUACGGCUUACAGCAAUAAAUUU